UUUUUCAGUUUCUUCUUCAUUUAAAGCAACCUACCUCCAGAUCUUCUAUUUCCUUCAAUAAGAAAAGAGCUGGUAGAGAAGAAGUGAUGCUAUAGACGGAGAUUCCUUCAUAGCUAAGGAAAUACCAUAAUUCAAUCUGAACAGCUCGAGAUGGUGUUAUCUUUCGAGAAAUCGGAUCUGAUCCCCUGCUCCUCUGUCAAAGAUGAAGAUCUUCUGUUUUGCGAUGAUGAUCGUCUUCCAGAUCUGCAAAUAAAGGAAAUUGAUGAGAUCGACUGUGAGAAAAGGCUCACUGAGUUUGUUUGGCGAGACGACAAGGUUCGGCUCGUUUCACUUUUCAAAAAGAUCGCGGAAAAGGCACUAGAGAAAGCAGAUCUAGAAGAAACCGAUGGAGAGAACCUUGUAGAACCUCUAGGUUCAAGGCUCCUGCAUCUUGCCUGCAAGCUCGACUCGGUCGAGUGCGCCGCAGCACUUAUCGAUGGAGAGGCAGGGAUACCGGCGCAUAUUAACAAGAUGGACGGGUCCGGACGGACGCCACUGCAAAACGCUGCGGAAAUGAAUUCGGUAAGAUGCAUAGACCUUCUGCUGCGGAAACAGGCAAGAACAGAUCUUAGAUCGAAGGACGAGAAUUCUCUGCUCGCUAUCGAGAUCGCGCUCGCGAGCAAAAGGCUGCAGGUGGUUUGGACACCGAACGAUUCUGUGGAAGAGCUGGUGGUUCUUCUCGGCCAAAGGAUUGGUAACCGGCGGGACCAUAGAAAAUGUAGUCCGCGGACAGCAGCCAUGCGUGGCCCCACCUUCCUCGUGGCUGGAACUGUCAAUCUGAUGGGCCGCACCGUGGGUGGCACUGUGGGAAAAUAUUUCCUUGUUUAUCCAAUUCUACUUGUUUUUUUGCAGGAUUUGAGGGGUGUUGAGAUGUUGGCGGAGGGUACGAAGGAUGUGGCAGAGGUAGCACGCGUUAUCGCAAUGGACGGUAAGGUGGCAGGGUUGGCUGCUCUGCUCAUUGUCAGUGAAGAGAAGGUUAACGCGGUUCUGCCCUUGGAAGUGGGUUCGGCCGCAAGGACGGAAGCGUCGUUGUACGAGCAAGUGAUUAGGGAGGCGAUAUCGCUCGGUCGGAUGGGAGAUGCACGGCUUGGCUCCAGCAGCUACAAAGCCUCCUCUGAUUCGACUCGGAGUAGUGAUUGUGAGAUGAGGAAGCUAUUGCUCUGCGAGAUGGAGCUGCUGCAGCUAUUCGGGGCUGUGGCUCGAGGGAGCUGUCAGAACAGUAGGAUGACGUCACCCCUGAUCAGCGCUUGCCAGGCAGGAGAUGAAGCAGUUGUGAAACUGCUGCUUAAGACGAACCUAGACGUGAACGAUACUGACUGGGACGGCAACUCGGCACUUCAUUGGUGCCUCAAGAUGAGCUCCUGUUCACAGGAGUCAAGGCUCAGGAUUGUGUGGCUCCUUGUGAGUCAUGGGGCUCGGGUCUACCACAAAAAUAUGUUGGGGCUGACUCCCCUCCAUGUGGCUGCAGCCAAUGGCAAUUCUCAAGCCUUACAGAUUUUCCUGCUUCGAGAUCCAGCCUCGGUCGAUAUGGUUUCAGAAACAAAAGAAACUCCUCUCUUUUUGGCUGUGAAAAACGAGUCCAUGGAGUGCGCUCGGUUGCUCCUGAGUUUUGGAGCAAAUACCCAAGCCCUCAAUCUAAGGAGAGAAAGGCCUGUAGACUUGGCAAAGUCACAGGAUAUGCGAUUUAUCCUUUCCUCAACGAACAACGGCUUUUGGAACCGUGCAAGCCAAAUGGAAGAGAACGCUGGCUGGAGUCUGAUUACCGAUGAGUCAAACGCAGAUAUGUUCAGAGGAUAUCUCGAGGCGAAAGAAAAAGCUACCUCGCUUGAAAGAUUUUGUGCAAAUGAGAAGACGGAGCUCUGCCGAUACUUCGAAUCUCCGAGUGGGUGCGUAAGGGGCGCCAAGUGCUACUUUGCGCAUGGGGAGGCGGAGCUGAGACGGGCCAAGGUUCUCGGACCGCCCGAACUCAAGCAAGGAUCCCUGCCACAAGCAACAGCAAGGAACGUUAGAAAGGCACGCGGGCCCGAGGACCUCGUACGGAAAAUCUUUGUUGGCGGCCUCCCACCUUCGGUUGACUCAGCUUACCUGAGGCAAUUCUUCGAGAGGGAGUUCGGACCCGUAGAAGACUCAACAGUGAUCGCAAGCCAAUCCGGCGAGCACCUACAAUCUCGUGGCUUCGGCUUCAUCACAUUCAAACACGAAGACUCCGCCGCCGCUGCUGUUCAAGCCCACUACGUCGCCAUUUUGGGGAAGAAGGUAGAGAUCAAAGGCGCCGUUCCUAAAGUCGUAUUCCCAUUCGACCUCUCAAAGCCACCACCUCGCCAGCAACAGCUAGCCCAAGAGCAGCAGCACCAGCAGCCAUUUGACCCCAGAGAAAAGCAACCGGCAGACGAUGGAAGGAUUGAUUCCAUGUCCUGGGUCGAGAAGCUCAUCUUUGGCAGUACCCACGAUCAACCGAACAAAAACCCAACCCCUGCAACCGGCCCCACAGGCGAGGCCUCCGCCCUUCCGCCUUGGGUUGCGACUUUCAGGAGAUGGCUCCCGGCCUUCCUUGUAGAGGUGUCAAAACGGCUGAAGGAAGGCGAGUGCUACCCUCUCUCCUCUCUCAAGGGUGACUUCAGGGCCACGUGCGGCAUGGAACUCGACCACGCCUCCCUUGGCCACCUGAAGCUCAGCGACUUCAUGCGCUCCUUCUCUGGGAUCUGCAAGAUGAGGAUUGUUCCUGUUGGGAGGGGGCCCGCCACCCACGUUGUCCUCCUUCCCUCCCUUCACAACACCCUCCCGCAACUGCAGAAGCUCCCACCACCGCUGUUAUGCGACUCCGAGGUUCCUCUCAAGCCCGAUCGUUCCUAUGCAGAACAUGCGCCCAAGACCAAUAACCCAAAUAUCCUGCAGCUCAUAGAUCACGAUGAAGUCGAGUUUGGGAUGCUUGCAAGCCCGUCGUAUUCGGCUGACUGUGGCGGAGACUGCAGUGGAUUUGGAGGGAAGGGCUCAGCCGAGUUGAGCAUGGACCGGUUCCUUAGCUUCCUGCAGACAGACCGUUCCUUUUUCACACCGUGGUGCACUCCGAGUGGGAGGGCGGAAGGCCGGGAAGAGGACAAGCAGCCGCGGCAGCAGCUGUCGUUCGCGGACGACAAAAGAGAAGACCAUCCAUUCUCAUUCUUUUCUCGCCAAUGGGACUACUACGAGAACUUGCGGAAGAAUAAAUUGUCCGAGCAUGCUGGCAAGGAAGGCUCAAUCAACCGCCAAAGCCAGGACAGGAGCAGCAGCAACUGCCUGCUGUGCAAGGAGAAGAAGGCCCUAUGGGUCAACAUGCCCUGCGGGCACAAGGUGCUGUGCGGCUCCUGCAAGAGCAAACACAUCUCAUCAGGCACGUGCAUGCAGUGCCACACCAUUGUGCAGUGUGUCCUCUUUGCGCCAUGGGACACCCCACGAGUGAGGGGGCAAGCCCCCGCCGAGCAAAACUGCUCCAACAAACCUUGUCCGAGCUUCUCGCCGUCGGAUCAGGAUUGCCUCCAGAGAUCGCCAUUAAACACGGUGCCAGCAUUCGGAUGCCUAAAGGCAACUUCCGGCGCCCCAACCAGCGAUGAAGAAGGAAGCUCUCUAAAAGGAAGCAGCGGAGGGUCCGGUUUCACGUGCGUGGUUUGCAAGGAGAGGAAAGCCGUGUGGGCUAACGUCCCUUGCGGCCAUAAGGUGCUAUGCAGCGCAUGCAAGAGCGGACAGCUGAUGAGGAGCGCCACGUGCAUGAUUUGCCAUUCUCACGUGCAUAACCUCAUCUCUCUCUACGAAUAAUAUCGCAUGGGAUGGGUCUGAUGGUUGCAAGGUGAGUGUGGCGCCCUUGGGUAAUUUCCCCAUUCUUUUAACUGAACUCGUGGGUUUUUCUUCUUCCCCUCCCCGUGAAUGACCGAGGGAAGAAAUGGAGGAGAAUCGAGCUCCUCCGAUUUUGGUGUGUGUUCUAGUGUUUUCGCUUCUCCUACUGUAAAUCCUUCUUUUUGGAUAUAUGAUGACGUGACCGACGGAUACAGAAUCCGGCCUUUUUAAGUAACUAACAGAAAAAGUGUGUUCGUUUUGCUC